GCGGGAUUGGAGCCGAGAGGCAGUGGUGGGGCAAUGGGAUCGGGAUGCAGCAGGCGGGGGAGGAUCGUGGGGGAGAAUGCGCGUAUGAGCAAGCGCCAUGGGGAUCGUGGGGGAGAAUGCGCGUAUGAGCAAGCGCCAUGGGAAAAGGGAGGCACAGCGGGGGAAAAGGCAAGUAGGAGGAAGAUGAAAGAUUGGCGAAGGGGAGAGGGAUCGCGAUGGUGGAAGAGGAUUGAGAUUGGAGUGGUAUUGAGCGAGCAGGGGUUGCAAUGCGGAGGGGAGAGGGAUUGCGAUGGGGGGAAUAAUGAGGGGCAUCGAGGGAGAGGGGGUUGGAAGGCUAGGAUGAGGUGUAGCAAUCAGGAAGCGAAGGUGAGGCGCCUGAAUGGAAAGCGAUGUUGGGCGGCACACGGGGGAAACAGUGCUGGAGGUAGGACAGGAGAGAUCUGCCAAUUGGGGGAGGCACAGGCAUGGACAGAGAUGGUGAGAUCAGGGAGCGGGAGAAGGUUGGGCAGCGAUGUCAAAGUGGGAAGAGGAGAUCAAGGAGGUGAAUUGGGGGAAAAUGUGGGUGGAAUGCACCUGGUCAUGUUUGUCAACAGGUGCAUUCAAGGCGAAUAAUGGUUAGGUGCAAUGCCCAAGAUGACCGUGGCCCGUAGGCUAAAGUGAAAAUAAAUCGGCCCUGAAAAG